GCAAUUACGCGAGGGCGUCUCUUGGUGCGGCACUAGCUGUCAUGGAUGCGUUCGGCUUUGAUGAAGGGGAGGGACUGAGGAUAAAGCAACAGUCGUGGAAUCCAAUUGUACAGAUUACCCAUCCUUCAACUUUUGCUCUGGCUUCCCACCUGUCAGGAAUCAAAGUCACGACUCACGCUCCGGCCAACCAACACUCGCAUCCUUAUACAAUAGUACUUACCAUACUCACGACGACCUCAACGGCCAACCCUUCGAAUUGAAGAUUCAAAAAUGUCCCUCGGCCACGUUUCACUGCCCACGGGCCCCUCCAACUACAAAGCGAUGCGCGACUUCUACCUCGCCACGCUCCAGCCGCUGGGAUACACGGUCUACCUGGAAGGGGAGGGCCAGUACUGCGGCUUCCGGGCGCCCAUGGGCGGGCCCGACUUCUGGUUGCAUUGCGGCGGCCAGGACUUUGUCCCCGUUGACGCUGCCCUGACGGCGGACGAGAACCUCGCGACGCGCGGCCGGACCCACGUCGCCUUCAACGUCUCCAGUCGGAAGCAGGUGGAUGAGUGGUUUCAGAAUGCCCUACAGGCUGGGGGCAUCUCGAAUGGAAAGCCGGGUGAGAGGGAGUUGUAUGCAAAGGGGUAUUAUGCUGCGUUCCUGCUGGAUCCGCUGGGGAAUAACGUCGAGGCUGUACACUUCAAUCCCUUUCCGUGGUGGCUCAAGCACAUGGACAAAACCCUCGGCGUUUUGGCUAUGUUUGCCGGCGGUGUUGCUGCCCAGUUUGUGUGGAGUUACGCGAAGAAAGCGGGCUGGGCUUGAGGCUUGUCUUAGGACAAGUCAUGUCAGAAUGAACAAAUUGAACUUUGAUGCUUACUAGAUUU